AAAAAUUAAAUUUUGCAUCAAAAAAAAAAAAAAUUUCUUUCAUUUCUCAUUCUCUCUCUUCAUUUGUGGAAGAAAACUUGUAAAAUCACUAUUGAAGUAUAGUAAAUAAACUAGUGGGUAAUGUUUUGAGAAAAAGACUAAUUUUUUUUUUUCUAAAAUGCAUAAGGUGCGUAGGAUAAGGAAGGGAGUUUGUAGUGGUGCAUGUGGCGUAGAUUAGAGUGUAGCCUUUUACAUUGUUCACUCAAAAGCAAAAAGAUUAAAGAAAGAAAAAAUUGAGUGAAAUUCAAAAAGCUACUCUAUUUUUUUUUUUAUACACACACAAAAAGGAGGUUAAAGAUCAAAACUUGGCUCCAAAUUUCUCUUCUUUUUACUAAAAAAAAGGGAAAAUAAAAAAAAAGGUCACUUUCUCUUUCUACUUUUUGGGAAUUCUUCUCUCUCUUAAAGGGUAGAGGUGAUGGAAUUGAUUGAUGUUCAUAAGAUUGAGCUCUUUGCUGAAGAACUUGGUGCAAGAGAAAGAGUUCAGUUUUAAGCUCAGUUAAAAAAGUUCAAAACUUUGAAUCAAUUUCUACAGAUUCAACUUGGUUUGAAACUAAAUUAAGCUCCUUUUUUUGUUUAUAUAGUUUCAAUUUCUUUGUUUCACAAUUGCAAUUGUGUUUGUUGCUCCAAUUUUGCAUCAAUUGUUUCAUGGUUUCAUAUUAUCUCAACUAACAAUGUCGUCUGAUAUCAGUUAAACUAUACGCAUCCUUGAAAUUUGGAGUAAAGUUUAGAUCUUUUUGGUGAUUUUAGUUAUACCCAUAUUGUGUAAUUGUGUGUUUUUUGGAUUAUUGUUCGAGGAAAGUUGUUUUUAGGAUGAAUUGUGAUGUGGGUAUGUUUAGUUUUGUGGAAUUUUUGUGAUUUUUGAGCUUUUUAAGGGUAAAUUUGAUUGGAAGUGGUAGUAGGGUUUUUAGUAUUAGGGUCUUUGUUUACUCAAUGGGGAGGGAUUGCUUACUGCUACCAACUGUUGGACCGCCAAUAAAACGGCGAGCAGGAUUAAGAAGGAAACAAGCAGGUAGAGGUUCAUAUAGGGCAAGUUAGAUUAGAGGAUUGAGGACAAUUAGGUUGGUGAUUUUGUGUAGCAAAUUGACAUUUUAAAACUAACAAAAACCCGAGUUCGUCGGGGUUGCAAGUGUUCUUAGUUUGGGGAAGGGGGGGUUUAGAGUUUGAUUUUGCUGGUGAGUGCAAAAAUGGCUACUCACUUGCAACAGUUGCUUCAAAGCCUAUGUUGGAAUACCGAAUGGAAUUACGCGGUCUUUUGGAAGCUCAAACAUCGUGCUCGAAUGGUACUGACUUGGGAAGAUGCUUUCUACAAUAAUCAAAUUAAAGUGGAUCCUUCAGUGAGUAAAAGCUUUGGUGAAGCACUUGAAAGCUUGCAUGAUGAUCAUGUUGCAAAUGAUCCUCUUGGUAUGGCUGUGGCAAAGAUGUCUUACCACGUAUAUUCUCUCGGGGAAGGGAUUGUUGGCCAGGUGGCUGUUACAGGGAAGCAUCGUUGGAUUUUUGCUGGUGAACAAACAGUGACUUCCUGCUCACCACUGGAGCUCUGUGAUGGAUGGCAAGCUCAGUUUGCAGCUGGAAUCAAGACUAUUGUUGUAGCAGCUGUUGUUCCAUAUGGAGUUGUACAGCUUGGCUCCCUAAACAAAGUCAAUGAAAAUUUGCAGUUGUUGACUCAUAUUAGAUAUGUAUUUUCUUCUCUUCAAGAGUCAGCAUGCCAUAUCCAGACUCCAAUUCAAAGCAGUCUGCAGAACGUGUUGCAGAUGUCAGAUAUACCGGCGAGAAAUUUUACUCCAGAUGCUCUUCAGGAGUGUCUACUUGAUCUUGGUAAAACUAUAAAUAAGGAGAACACUUCUUCCAGUUCUCUUGAUUUUCAACCUCCCAAGAUACAGUUUGCUGAUUCUUUUGGGGCUCCAUUUCACGGUGUGCAUCUCAGCGACGCAGCGGAAUUGAUGAAGAAAAAUAAAUUUGUUCAAUCAGUAUCUGAAAGUCAGCAAUCUACUGAUCUGCUCCAUGGCACCAAUUGUGGAAGUAACAGUUAUAAGAUCCAAAAUGGAGUUACUAGUUCUGGACAGAAAAUUUGUGCAUCCUCAAAAAGUUGCUUGACGGAUAAUAGCACUAUAUAUGAUGUUAAACUAUAUCCUUCUGAAGGAAAAGUUCAAAAAGUUGUAGCUUCAGAUUCCUUGGGGAAACAGAAGGUGGAAAAUAAAAUAAAGAAUCAACCAGAGUUCAGCUGUUUGGAUGCUCUAGGCAACUUAACUUCAUCUGUCAUGUACUCUGCUGGAACUGAGCUGCAUGAAGCGUUAGGACCUGGUUUUCUGAAACAGUGCUACCCUUGGUCUUGGGAGUCCGAAAAUCCUGAAGAAAGGCCUGCUUCUCAGAUGCCAGAAGCAAUGGAAAGCAGCCUACUUACAACAGAUUCUGGGACAGAUCAUCUUCUAGAAGCCGUCGUAGCUAAUUUUUGCCGCAACGAUGCCACUUUUAAGAGUGCAAAGUCGCUUUCUACAUCCGAAUCUAUGCUAACCACUGAAAAAAUGCCGGAGCCAUCUAUUAACACUAGCCAUACGAUUGGUUCAUCCUCGUAUUACUCAAUCGGCUGCUCAUCACUUCUAGAAGAAAGUACACAGAACUGCUCAAACUCUCCUGAAUCCGGCAGCAUUAGGUCUUCAACUAGUUCAUACAGAGAACCAUUGGCAAGGACAAUUGAACCGGGUAAGGGUAACAAGAAGAGAGCAAGACCUGGUGAAAGUUCUCGUCCUCGGCCUAGAGAUAGACAGCUUAUUCAAGACCGCAUCAAAGAGCUCCGGGAUCUUGUUCCCAAUGGGUCGAAGUGUAGCAUUGAUUCACUGCUGGAGCGGACUAUCAAGCAUAUGGUUUUCAUGCAGAGUGUGACUAAGCAUGCUGACAAGCUCAGUAACUGUGUUAAAUCUCGGGGUUGCAGUAAUGAAAUGGGAGUUCUAGGAUCUGGUUAUGAGCAAGGUUCAAGCUGGGCUGUGGAGGUUGGAGGUCAUAUGAAAAUUUGCCCAAUUUUAGUUGAAAAUCUCAACAUGAAUGGGCAAAUGUUAAUAGAGAUGUUAUGUGAGGAUUGUGACCAUUUUCUGGAGAUAGCAGAAGCUAUCAGGAGCGUAGGCCUGACUAUUCUGAAAGGCAUGACUGACAAUCAUGCAGAUAAAACAUGGAUGCGUUUUGUAGUUGAGAGCCAGAGCAACAGAAACUUGCAUAGGAUGGAUGUGUUGUGGUCACUUGUCCAGCUGCUGCAAUCCAAAUCUACUCUGUGACAUCUGUUGCAAGUUUGGUAUCAGAAAUUUCAAUGUUGAUGCUUUUUUAAAAGUUCUGUGAGUUUUUCUUGUGAUGUUUGACGACCACUUGUUAAGAGUUUGUGUUUUCGUCUUUUGGGUUUUUAUGCUCCCUUCCAAGUAUAAAUAGUGUCAGAAAAGAAACCCUGAAAAACUAAAGAAAUGAGUGGUUUCUGCUUAAUUUUGGAGUGAUUUUCUUCGAGUUGUAAACUUUCUACUUGUUAAUGAAUCUAAUGCGUGCAAGUUGAUGUC